GGAGAGGGAAGGGGAAAGAGAAGGAGAGGAGAGGAGGGAGAGAGAGAGAGGGAAGGGGAAAGAGCAAGAGAGUCCGGGGCCACGCCAAAUAAAGCCAUGUGGGCCUGGGCUGGGACGGCAUCCCAUACACUAUAAAUACGCUGCGCUCCUGGAGGUUCGGGUUUGGUGGCUGGGGCUUGAGACCUACGAAGACCACAGCAACCUGGUCCCUCGGAAGAGCCUCCUCUGUGAUCCUCCGUAACUCAGCCUCCGUUGUAGCAACCUCAGCAACUAUGCCCCGCGUAGAUGCAGACCUCAAACUGGACUUUAAGGAUGUCCUAUUCAGACCCAAGAGGAGCAGUCUGAAGAGCAGGUCAGAGGUUGACCUGGCAAGGACGUUCACAUUCCGUAACUCUAAGCAGACCUACCAUGGCAUCCCCAUCAUCGCUGCCAACAUGGACACCACAGGGACCUUUGAGAUGGCCCGGGUCCUCAGCAAGCACACACUCUUCACGGCUAUGCAGAAGCACUACUCACUGGAUGAGUGGAAGACCUUUGCAGUCAACCACCCAGAAUGCUUAGAGCACAUAGCAGCCAGCUCUGGCAGCGGUAAGGCUGAUCUAGAGAGACUGUGUGAGAUCUUGGAGGCUAUCCCUGACAUAAAAUACAUCUGUCUGGACGUUGCCAACGGUUAUUCAGAGUACUUUGUGGAAUUCGUGAAAACCGUCAGGGACAAGUUCCCCAAACACACCAUCAUGGCUGGUAACGUGGUAACAGGGGAGAUGGUGGAGGAGCUCAUUCUCUCUGGCGCUGACAUCAUCAAAGUGGGCAUUGGGCCAGGCUCAGUGUGCACCACCCGUAUCAAGACUGGGGUGGGCUACCCUCAGCUCAGCGCUGUUAUCGAGUGUGCAGAUUCCGCCCACGGCCUCAAGGGACAUAUUAUCUCAGAUGGUGGCUGCAGUUGCCCAGGCGACGUGGCUAAAGCUUUCGGUGCAGGGGCUGACUUUGUGAUGAUGGGGGGCAUGCUGGCGGGACACGACCAGUGUCUGGGUGAGGUCGUCCAGAAGGAUGGCAAGAAGGUCAAGCUGUUCUACGGGAUGAGCUCAGACACCGCCAUGAAGAAAUACGUAGGGGGAGUGGCUGAGUACAGGGCGUCAGAGGGUAGGACCGUGGAAGUUCCUUACAGAGGAGAUGUUGAGAACACCAUCAGAGAUAUCCUAGGGGGCCUCCGCUCCACCUGUACCUAUGUAGGAGCUGCCAAACUGAAGGAGCUUAGUCGCAGAACCACCUUUAUCAGAGUCACACAGCAGGCCAGCACCAUGUUCCACUAAUCACACACGUACAGGAAAACACACUACCGCCAUCACUACAAAUGUGUUUCUCUCUGGACCUCUGUUGCAACAUGCUCUGCAUAUUUGGUUAUUAUGUAAAAUUGUGAGUAAUAUUAUCAGAACAUGAUUUAAAACAUUCAGUCUGCUCUGCAGAAAUAAAAUAUGCAAGAGCCUGUUAGGGUUGCUUGAAACCUUACUACUCUGUCCAUACUCAGUGUAUAUUACUUAGAUAUGGCAAUAACUGCAUGCUGGCUUUGAGUGCUUUCCAUGGCGUUUCCUCUCUAGACUGAUAAUAUUAAGGUCCAAUGCAGACGUUUUUAUCUCAAUAUCAAAUCAUUUCUGGGUAACAAUGAAGUUCCUCACUGUGAUUGUUUUCAAUUAAAGUGGUC